CAGAGUGAAGAGAGCGACAGCGAAGAAGAUUACCCGAGGCCAAUUUGAAAGCUUUCAGCUGGUCACUCAGAGCAGCUGCAGCCCAGAAGACCAACACUAAAAGGAUCAACUCCGGUUAAUGCUCUCAAGGACAGGUGCAGAGUCAGAGAGAGAGACUGGCAACAAGAGAACAAAGUACUCACAGAAAAGGUGUGAGUGGACAGGAGUGGUGAGGUUUCUUCCCAGCAUGCCACUGGCACAGCAGCAUCACAGGGCCACUGUGCCCACAGCAGGCUGGAUCCUGGCUUUGGCUCUGUUUCUUGCUCUACAGGGUGCCGCUCAUGCUGCUCCAUCAGGAGACAACAAGCUGGUUCGUACCACCAGAGUGAGGAGACAGACCCCAGGGGGGAUUCAGCCCCUCUCCGCCUCCACAGCCAACGACUCCCUGCGGGACCAACCCGUGGUCUUUAACCACGUCUAUAACAUCAAUGUACCCUUGGAGUCUCUUUGCUCUGUCGACCUGGACGCCUCAGCACCGCCUGCUUCAGGUGAUGAUUCUCGUGCUGAGUUGGGGUCAAGACCUUCUGCGGAGGGUCCGAUGGAUCCGAGUGGACCAACAGAGUACACCGAGCAGACACUGGAUGCAGACAGCCAGGUUACAUUUACUCACCGCAUCAACAUCCCAAAAGCUGCAUGUGGUUGUCCGGCAACAACCACAAUCCAGCAGCUCGCCACCAGGGUAGAGAUGCUGGAGAGAGAAGUCUCCAUGCUCAGAGCUCAGUGUGGAUCUGGAUGCUGUGGAGAGAGCUCAGCCAUGGGUCAUUUGGACUUUGUCCCUGGCUGCAGUGGCCACGGCAGCUUCAGCUUUGACCUGUGUGGCUGCAUCUGUGAGGAAGGUUGGUCUGGCAAAAACUGCUCUGAGCCUCGCUGCCCGGACGACUGCUCCGGCCAGGGGGUGUGCGUGGAAGGGGAGUGUGUGUGCGACCGUGACUUUGGAGGCGACAACUGCUCAGAGCCGAGGUGCCCCUCAGACUGCUCGGGUCGUGGGUUGUGUAUCGACGGGGAGUGUGUGUGCGAGGAGUCCUUCACCGGCGAGGACUGCAUGGUUGGGAGGUGUCUCAACGAUUGCUCGGACCAGGGGCUGUGCAUCAACGGGACGUGCCAGUGCAGGCCCGGGUACGUGGGGGAGGACUGCUCGCUGGUCUACUGUGCCAACAACUGCAGCAAGAAGGGAGUCUGCAAGGAGGGAUUCUGUGUGUGCCAGGAUGGCUUUGCAGGAGAUGACUGCAACUCUGUGGCACCAGCCAUGAACGUGAAGAUACGAGGCGUGACUGAUCGCACUAUUGAUGUGGAGUGGGAGGGGUCAGUGGUGCUGACAGAUUUCUUAGUGACCUACACACCAAGCAGCCCUGGAGGUGUGCAACUAGAGAUAAGGGUUCCAGGCAAUACCACCACCUGCACUAUCUCAGGCCUGGAGGCAGGCAUCGAGUACAACAUCAACGUGUUUGCUGUCAUUAACAACAGUAUCAGCGUCCCUGCCAGCAUCACAGUCUCCACCUAUCUCUCCAAUCCGGACGGUUUAGUCUUCAAAUCCAUCACAGAGACGUCAGUGGAGGUCCAGUGGUUACCCUUCUACUAUUCCUUCGAUGGAUGGGAGAUCAGCUUCAUCCCCAAGGACAAUGAUGGAGGAAUGACUGCACAGCUGCCCAGCACUAUCACUUCCUUUGUGCAGACUGGUUUGAGACCAGGGGAGGAGUAUACGGUUAACCUAGUGGCGCUCCGAGACCAGGGUCGAAGCCAACCAUUUACUGCCACUGUCACAACAUUGAUUGAUGGUCCCACUCUGCUGAUCGUGCGGGAUGUGUCAGACACUGUAGCAUUUGUAGAGUGGACGCCACCGAAAGCAAAGAUUGAUCAGAUUGUGUUACGUUACGGCCUGGUGGGAGGAGAGGGUCCACGGACUACCUUCCGCCUCCAGCCCACACUCAGCCAAUACUCCCUGCAGGUUCUGCGUCCCGGCUCACGUUACGAGGUAUCUGUGAGUGGAGUGAGAAAAGGAAAUGAGAGCGGAUCUAUUUCCACUGAAUUUACUACCGAGAUCGAUGCCCCUAAGAACCUGCGGCUGCUGUCCAAGACCUCCACCAGCCUGGACCUCGAAUGGGACAACAGUGAGGCUGAGGUGGAUGGCUACCAGGUGGUGUACAGCACUUUAGCAGGAGACCAAUAUGAUAAAGUGAUUGUGCCGCGCAACGAGGGAGCCACCACAAAGACGUCUCUCACAGACCUGCUGCCCGGCACAGAAUAUGGCAUCGGCAUUUCUGCCAUGAAAGGUGUCAACCAGAGUACACCAGCAACAAUGAACGCCAGGACGGGUCUGGAUGUGCCCAUGGAUCUAACCGUGACAGCUUCUACAGAUAACACCAUCACUCUGGUGUGGGGCGUGGUCCAGGGCCCCAUCGACCAUUACAAGGUCACCUACACCUCCUCCUCUGGCGUCACUACUGAGCUGACGGUGCCUAAAGAUGUAACAACCACCACUCUGGUUGACCUUGAGCCUGGGACUGAAUACACCAUCACCGUGGCAGCAAGACGAGGACGACAGCAGAGCACUGCGGCAACCAUCGACGCCUUCACAGGAAUCAGGCCGGUAACACACCUCUACUUGUUAGAGGUGACUUCAGACUCAGUGUCGGUGGCUUGGAGCGCCCCAGCGCCGCCCGCUGACCUCUUCAUCCUGAGCUACAGCUCUGCAGAUGGGACCGACACCUCUAAGGUGACACUGGACGGCUCCAAGACGAGGUCACUGGUCCUGGGGCUGCUGCCGUCCACUCUGUACACCGUCAGUCUAAUCACAAUACAGGGGGAUGUUACCUCUGAGCCCAUUACAGCAUCACUUACCACAGGCAUGGACCCUCCAAAAGAGAUGACAGUGUCAGACGUGACCGAAGACGCGGUGACUAUCUCUUGGAUCAAACCACUUGCUCCAUUUGAAUACUAUAAGCUGUCUUACCAGUCAGCCAGAGGUCGAGUGGACAGCGUGGUGAUUGACAGCGAUGUGACCAACUACACCUUGUCCAGCCUGUUUCCAGCGACUGAAUAUGAGAUCAGCCUCAACGCUGUCAGAGGGAGUCAGGAGAGCAAAGUGGUCAGCACCUCCGUCUUCACAGCGAUGGACAUGCCAGCAGAGUUGACCGCUCUCAACAUCACUCCACAAGGAGCCCUGCUGAGGUGGAAUCCACCUGUUUCCAGUGUUGAUAACUAUGUGCUGACACUCACACACAACCAGGUGACAGCUGAUACGUUCCUUGUGGAGGGCAACAAGCAGGAGCACCAGCUGUCCAAACUAAAGCCAAGCACCACCUACUCUGUAGCCCUCUACGCCACCAAAGGACCCCUCACCAGCGGCACUGUCAUCACCAACCUCCAAACACCCAUGGACGCACCCCUGAAUCUGACGGCCAGUGAAGUGAAUCACCGCAGUGCUCUCAUCUCCUGGCAACCGCCGAUCACGGAAAUUGACAACUACAUGCUCACCUACAAGUCAACCGACGGCAGCCGCAAAGAGCUGAUUCUGGAUGCAGAGGACACGUGGAUUCGACUGGAGGGACUGGCUGAGACCACAGAGUACACUGUCAAGCUCCAGGCUGCAAGAGGACUUGACACCAGUGCUGUUGUCUCCACUACCUUCACCACAGGGAGUCGUCUGUUUGCAACACCUCAGAAUUGUGCCCAACACCUGCUGAAUGGAGAGCUGCUGAGCGGCGUCUACACCAUUUACAUCAACAGAGACCCGAGCCAGGGCGUGCAGGUGUACUGUGACAUGACCACCGAUGAAGGAGGCUGGAUUGUAUUUCAGCGUCGUCAGAACGGCCUGACAGACUUUUCCAGGAAGUGGAGUGACUAUCGGGUUGGCUUCGGAAACCUAGAGGAUGAAUUCUGGCUUGGUCUCGACAACAUCCAGAGGAUUGCUGCUCAGGGCCGUUAUGAGCUGAGAAUUGACAUGAAGGACGGACAGGAGUCAGUCUACGCCAAUUAUGACAAGUUUUCCAUUGGUGAUGCAAGAAACCUCUACAAGCUCAGGAUAGGAGAGUACAAUGGCACCGCUGGUGACUCUCUGAGCUACCAUCAGGGCAGACCCUUCUCUACAAAAGACAGAGACAACGACAUCGCUGUCACUAACUGUGCCUUGUCCUACAAAGGAGCCUGGUGGUACAAGAACUGCCACAGGGCCAACCUCAAUGGCAAAUACGGCGAAUCCAGACACAGUCAGGGUAUUAACUGGUACCACUGGAAAGGCCACGAGUUCUCCAUUCCUUUCGUGGAAAUGAAGAUGAGGCCAUUCAACUUCCGUAGCAUCAGCAGCAAGAGGAGGCGGUCUGCCCCUGUAUAAACAAACCGCCUCCACA